UAGAGUUCAAGAAAUAGACAAUGGCUACUACUACUUCUACUUCUACUGCUGCAACAAGAAGUAGAAGUUCCACUAGUUCUCUAGUCAUUUUCUCUAUUUUGAUUGUAUCUUUGUUUCUAUUCCUACACUCCUCUACUGCAUACAAGCCCGAAGAUAACGAUAUUGCGGAUGGUGAAGAUUAUGAAGUAGAUUAUCCAUUCCCUGAUAAUCCAAAAGGAAAGCCCAGAGGUCCUAAACAAAAGAUCAAGAAAGGAGAGAAGUGUUAUCCAUGGAGAGGAAAUAUAUGUAAUGGCAUAAAGGUUAACGAUGGAGCUGGAAUACUACAAUGUUGUAGGAAACAAUGUGUGAAUUUGCUAGCUGAUCCUAACAACUGCGGAGGAUGUGGUAAGACCUGUGGAUUUGGACAACAAUGUUGUGCUGGUUUUUGUACCAACGUCAUUUCUAAUGCAAAACAUUGUGGUACUUGUUUCAAUCAAUGCUCACCCGCCACUGAAUGUGACAGAGGAUUUUGUGGGUAUGCAUGAUAGAAAUUGGUUGGUUAUUCAAGGUAUUAUUUCAUGGAGUUUUAAGUUUUCUUGAUCAGUUUAAUUAGCAUCAAAAAAGUUCACAAGUUAGAGAGACGGGAGAGGAGACAAGGAGAGAAAGAUCUACGGAUUAGUCCAUAUGUAAUAGGAUGGGUGACCAGUAAUUACUGAUUGAUUCUUAUUAUUAAGGAUUAAGGUUUUAUAUUGACUACACAUGAAUACGCAAGCUUAGUUCUACAUUCCUAUAAUCCUUCUUUAGCUUCAUCCUUUUUUGGGUUUAUACUUUAGGAUUCCUGUAAACAAAGUUUGUCUUAAUUUGAGUCAAUAAAAGUACUAUACAUAAGUGAUUGAUUACUACCAAGUCUUCUUUCUAUCUUUGUUGAUUUUUUUGCUUAGGGGGUUUUGGUUAUUGGUAAUACUUGUUUCAAGUCAUUCAUGUCUUUACCUAAAGUAGUUUAUUUAUUUCUUCAGUCCGUAAGAAUUAAGAUAGCCGGUCAAUUUCGAACUCAAGUCGCGAUCAUCAACACUCGAGCAAUUCAAUAGCCUACUAGAAAAACAUCUGCUUUUAAUUGUAGUGUUUGGUUCUCGCAUCUCUAGUUUUCCUCAUUGCCGUGUAUUCUGUAAUAUCAAG